GCAUUGACCAAUAAACUCUAUAGAACAAUUAGCAAAAAUUCAUGUAAAUCCUAUAAAAAAAUAUAGCCACGCAAAAGGCACCAUAACUGGAACAACAGGAACUAUAAUAAUGACACUACUAAUUAAGCUCAUUUAAUCCGAACACCUCCCGGCAAAUCCAUCCUCGGCGACAGUUUCUAGUUCUGUCCAAGAUGAUCGGAGAACAAACUCCGUUACCUGCUUCCGAUGAUCACGGAGCACCGCUUCUCCCUGUUCAGGAGGCGAUGGAAGGAACACAGAGCACUGUCUCCUUCACCAUGAAAUCAAUUCUAACACUACAAAACUUCUAUGUCCUUUUGGGACCUUUCUUCACCCUUGUCAUAUGCCUCUUCGUGAAGCUCGAACCUCCCAGUAGCCAGAAAAUGCUUGGCGUGGCUGCUUGGGUGUUCACAUGGUGGAUAACGCAAGCCGUACCGCUUCCGGUGACCUCCUUGUGUCCUUUGUUUCUAUUCCCCAUCUUCGGAAUUGCUUCAGCUGAUAGCGUGGCGCACUCCUACAUGAACGAUCUCGUCACGCUCAUUUUGGGAAGCUUCAUUCUCGCUCUCGCCGUGGAACGAUACAACGUUCACCGGAGACUGGCCUUGAAUGUAACUUUGCUGUUUUGUACCGAUCCGCUGAAUCCGGCGCUGCUAUUGUUGGGGCUAUGUGCGACGAUAUUCUUGGUGAGCAUGUGGAUGCUGAACGUGCCCACGGCGGUGAUGAUGAUGUCGGUGGUGAUGGGGAUGUUGCAGCGGCUGCCGCCGAUGGAGGAGCAGUCAGAGGAGAUGAGAAAGUUCUGCAAAGCGGUGGUUCUGACGGUGGUGUACGCGACGCCAAUCGGAGGGAUGAGCACUUUGACGGGUACGGGUGUGAACUUGAUAAUAAGUGGGAUGUGGAAUCUUUUUCCCGAGGGAAAGGCAAUAAGCUUCAACACAUGGUUCUUCUUCGGUUUCCCCGCUGCUCUCCUCAUUCUCAUUUGUUUUUGGUGCAUCAUCUGCCUCCUCUAUCUGCCCAAAGGAACUUCUCCUGCUUUGUCUUCUUAUUUGGGUAAAGUUCAUCUCAGAAGAGACCUCCAAGAUCUUGGUCCCACAACUUUUGCUGAGAAAAUGGUGAUGUCUAUAUCUGGGUUGCUUAUAAUACUAUGGAUGACAAGAAGAAUCACCGACGACAUUCCUGGAUGGGGUGUUUUAUUCCAUGGACUUGUUGGAGAUGGAUCUGUCAGUGUUAUGGUGGCUGUCUUAUUGUUCAUAAUCCCAAACAUGAAGCGAGAGGGGGAGAAGCUGAUGAGCUGGAAUGACUGCAAAAAGUUACCUUGGAACCUCGUUUUGCUUUUUGGAGCUGGUUUUGCCAUAGCUGAUGGCGUACAAUCUAGUGGCUUAGCAGACUUUUUGUCAGGGAUCUUGAAUUGCUUGCAAGACAUUCCAUACAUAGCCAUUGUUCCUGCUGUUUGUGUAAUAUCUAGUAUUAUUACUGAGUUCAUCACCUCGAAUGCUGCUACUGUCACUCUUCUUGUCCCACUUCUUUAUCAAAUAGCCAUAACUAUGCAUGUGCAUCCACUUAUGCUCAUCAUCCCUGGAGGAAUAGCAACAGAGUUUGCUUUCUGGCUUCCAACUUCAACGCCCUCAAAUGCACUUGGAAUCGCUAGUGGACACAUAGAAAUUAAAGACAUGUUCAAAGUAGGUGUGCCACUCAAGGUGGCUGGGAUUGUUGUGUUGUCUCUUCUCAUGCCGUCACUAGGAACUAUUGUUUUCGGAAUAAAUAACGAUACUCAAAAACUGAUAUUGAUGAAGGAAAACUCUUGGUUAGCAGCAAAUUGAUCUCUUCACCCACUUCUACUUUGUUUUAUAAAUUUUGGUUGAAUCUAGUAUUGAUUUUUUUACGACAAUGGGUAGAUUUUCAGAAGAAAUUAUGAAACUCGGCAAAUUUUGAAAAUAUUACAUCCAGUAGACAAAUCAUGCAGGAGGUCACGAUUUUACGCAUAGAAGUCGUGUAGCCCUGACGAGUUUCAUAAGUUAAUUCGUCAAUGCAUCCCCUAACUAACGACUUCCAAUUUGAAAGAAGUCAUUUACCCCAAAGACGACGUCCCUGCGAAAAUCGUGUAUCUCAACUCGUUUUCUAAUGAAUAUAUUGACGAAUUGACUUAUGAAACUGAUUACGAGGAUACUUUUCUCUGUGUUCACGACUUAUCUAUUGUUUGUAAUAUUUUCAAAAUCUGUCCAGUUUUGUAAUUUCUUCUGAAAAUGUAUCCACUGUUGUAAAAAAAACCUCUAUUAUCAUUCCCAGAACACUCUUACAUGUGCAUUGAUGCCUCGUGCUCUAUUUACCAAAUAAGCGGUAUGUAAGAAGAUAUGAAUAACCAAAGAGGCAUACAAAUUCAUAUCUUUAUUUUAUUUGGACAA